UAUCGUUCCGUAUUUCUCGACGGUGUUCCGCGCAAGCGAUUUAGCAAGGAAAACCUAACCUAACUUACAUAGCAGUAUAGAAAUCAAUGAGUUUCGUAAAAUAUAAAGUCUCACUGUUUCCGACCUUUGUGUAUUGUCUUUUUUUUCUCGAAGUAGUAGGUAUUUUUUUCGCGAAGCUUGAUAGUGAUUAGUUGUUAGGAGGAUCUUACUAAGAUUUAAUAGUGUGAAGUAAAAUAGAGGAAAAAAGAUAGAAAGAAUAGAAAUUUCUCUAACUAUAAAUAAUAGUAAUAGUAACAGUAGUAAAACAGGAAGUCAUUAAUUUCGCACUUAUUUGUGCACGAACUAGCACAAGGAAGUUGCCAACUUUCUCAUUAAGAUUAAUAAGACGAUUUAACGAUGAUACUCGAAGGUGUUUUCUAUCAAUGGAGAAUCAAUGAAUCCUCCGAAAAUAUUGAAGGCACGUUAGGACGGAGCUCCUUUCGUCGGAUUAGAGCUCCUUCCUGCAAUCCGGAUUAAAUUUAUUCGUUGUGGUGCCUCGGCACGACGAAGGAAUUUCUGCAGAUUACGAUCUAAACCGCAGUACUGACAUUAAUUUUUUUACGGCCAACCCGUUUGUUCCGAACGCCGAGAGAAAGAAUGCAAAAUAAUUGCGAUGACGAUGAUAACGACGUCGUCUACAAGGACAUAGUCAUCGUAGGAAAUGGGCCAAGCGGUAUUUCUUUGUCAUAUAUGCUCGCUGGUAAUUGGCCUUAUUAUACCGGUGAGCCUCAUCCAGUCGACGACAUGCUGACGGCACGUCUCCAUUUUACAACGAAACCGUUUACCAACGAUGAUGAUGUUCACGGGAGUGACGAAACGACGCGGAAUAAAUUAGAUGAGGAUGCGUGCCCUCGACGUCAAUGUAAUGUUGCUAACGACGGUUUAACACGAGGUAGAGACUUAGCCCACAGUUCACGAUGGAAAUUGGAAACGUUGUCGUCCGGUCUCGAGGGCAGAAGCGGUGGUCGACCUUUGUCUUUACUUAUGGACCAGCUGCAGAAUCCAUGCGUCGAUGCCGGUCUCGAUGUGCCUUCGCUUUUGCAUUGGAAGUCUAAAGAUCAACAUUCGGAACACAAAAUUAUUGAUCACGUAGUUCUUGGUAAAGGUCAGCCUGGUGGAGCUUGGCAGGUAUUUAAAAAUUUCAUGGAUCCAAAUGUGUUAACGAUCAGCUUAAGUCGAUGGAUGUCAUUACCAGGAUUAGAUUUAAGGCAAUGGGAAAAAUUGGUAGAGAUUGAACAAGUACAAAAAUCAACAUUGGCAAAUGGUGAUCCGUGUUCUCACUCUCCAAGAGAGAAAAUAAGUGCAUGUAAACCUGCCAGUCGUGUACCGGUAGGUACCGUUGCUGCUUAUUAUAGAGAUUAUGUUACCGAACAAGGAUUAGAUAAAUAUUUCCGAUGUGGGACCACUGUGACUUCGGUACGAUCGAUCGACACAAUUGGUGCCAAUAAAGAUUUUGGAUGGAUCGUUGAAGGAUAUGAGAAUAAGACUGGUAAACGCUUUGAAUAUAGAUGUCGAAGGGUAGUUCUUGCCACUGGUACAACAGAUUUAUCUAAUCAUUUGGGAAUACCUGGAGAAAGAUCACAAUCCUCAUGGGUGAUUCAUGAUCUUAAUGAUCUAGAAUCACGGCUAGAUCAAUUUGUAAGCGAAUAUGGUGAAGUCGCAUUAGACGGAUUAUUGGAUCCCGUAUUAGUGAUAGGUGCUGGAUUAAGUGCAGCCGAUGCUAUUAUGGCUGCACGAUUUCGAGGGAUUCCAGUGUUACAUGUAUUCCGUGAUGCAUCCAAUGACUGGAACAAAGAAUCAAGCGAUAAAAUAAAAACAAAUACUUUUGAUAAAUUACAGUGGCUUCCAAAUUCUAUUUAUCCGGAAUAUCACAAAGUUUAUGAGAUGAUGGCAGAUGGUGGUACGAAUUAUCCUCUUUAUAAAUCAUUGCCAGGAUACACUCUUGUGGAUCUUAAUAUUAACAAUGAUGACUGUAGUAGUAAUCAAUGUAAUAAGCAUACAGUUACUCUUUGUACACCUAAUGGACAAUUGAAAAAUUUCCGGGUUUCCAUAGUAGCGAUACUUAUAGGGUACAAGCCAGAUUUAUCGUAUUUGGAAAACAACGGUAUAGGAUUUGGAAAAGUAUCGGAUAAAUCUAUUGAUUGUAAAUCGAAUCCGAUCGAAGUCGAUGAUAUUACUUAUGAAGUUUUGAAAUCACCUAAAAAGGGACUUUAUGCCUUAGGGCCUUUAGUGGGUGAUAAUUUUGUUCGUUUCAUUCUGGGUGGUGCAUUUGGUAUUCUUGCACAUAUUCUAAGUACUUCUAUGUGAGAUACAAGUCUAAUAUCUUUUUUUUUAUCUAUCAUCAACUUAAUGGAAUGUACUUAUUUCAUUUUCUGCUAGAAUUCUACCAUCGUUUUUUAUUGAAUAACUGCAUUUACAUAAUACGAUUCUUCACGAAUUUGUAUAUAUUUAAAAAUUUAUUUUUAUAUUUAGACUAUGCAACACAUAUACGAGUUCUACGAAUAUUUGCUAAUUUUAAGAUACUUCAUGAAAAUUAUUCAUGAUAAUAACGUAGAGAAUAUAAAUACCACUAUAAUAUUGACAUUUUUGUACGAAGUGAUGCAUAUAAUAUAUGCGUACAUAUUUUGCACUUUAUACGUGAACAAAAUAUAUGUAAAUAAAGGUUAAAAGAUAGAUUUCUGUCAGUUUUGUUAGGGGGUUCUCAAUCAAAUGUAAAAUAUUACAAAUAUGGAGAGAUAAAAAUAUUAAUGAAAUUUUAGAUAUUGAGCAAAUAAAUAAUUUCUAUGUGUGAAAUGCACUUGAGGUAUACACUUAAACACAUUCAUUGUAUAUAUUAAUAUAGUGUAUGUAUAUAUUAUAUGCACUGUGUGGUUGUAUACAUUGAUUUUGUAUAAUUAUAUACGUAGUGUUGUUGUAUAAAUGUAGAUAGCAUUCUACGAGUAAAUAACAUUUAAUGGCAAGAUAACUAUGCAAAUGUUCUUGCAAAUUUUGUACCAGUAGUUUACUUUUUUGGUCAGACAAUCUAUAUUUUUUUUCAAAGUAAAUAUUUUUUGUCAAAUGAUCUUAUGUCAUUGUAAUGAGACACGCUAUAAAUAUAUUAUAUGUAUGUGAAAUUAGCAAUAAAAUUUUUUAAUUUGAUUUUAUAUUAAGAAAGAAAUCUAUUAUAUAUGGAUCAUUUUAUGAUUUGAAUUAUUGUGUCUGAUUUUUCUAAAAAAUUGUAAUUAAAAGACAGGGCUGCAUGAAAUAGUCAAUUUAUUCAUACUUUACAAACAAUUUAUACGUUAAUUUAACGAAAUAUUUUCUGUCAUAUAUUGUAAUACAACAAUUUGUCUUUAAAUACAUACAAUAUAUAUAUAUAUAUAUUUCAGCAUAUAUUUAUAUGAGAAUAUUUAGAACUUCUUCAGUGAAAUUUGUGAAAUAUAUAACAGAAAUUUAUAUGAGUUCUUUCGUUAUUAAUAUUAGUAAAGUUCCUAUUAAGAAUAUACAAUAUAAAUAUUUGCAAUCAAAUUCAUCGAUAUAUUAAAUAAAAAUGCAUUUUAUAAUUGAAUAAUGGGCGAAUACAAGGUAAUAUUUCUUUAAACAUCUUUGAUAAGAAUACUUGUAUAACAUAUGCAAUGUACAUAUAAUAUACAUACAAUAAAUAAAUAUUUAUUAUAUUUUUUAAUUGUAUACUUUAUGGAAUGACAGUAACAUAGUAAAAUUAUUUAAAUAUUCAAGAUGGAAAUAUAAUUAUAUGUAGGGCUGAAUUAGUAUAAUUCCAAAACAUUAUUUUUAGUUCUAUUAUACAUAUAAAAUUUAUGUCAUUCUCAUACAUUUCUGACAUUUAUGUAUUGAAUGAAAAUAUAUUGAUAUAAUGUGGAAUACAUUAAUAUUUUUUUUAAAGGCCAUUGUAAGCAUUAUCAUCAAUAUUCACAGUUUGCAUUAUUUUUCUGUAAUUCAUUAUUUUUUAAUAACUGUUAUAUGUAAGUCUAUAAAUACUGUGUUAAAAAAUAUUCUUUCAAUUCUAUGGUGAAUAUUUCUUUUUAUGAAAAUGUAUCACUUUUACUAUUUUUACAUAUUUCUUACAUUAAGCAAUUAAAUUGGAAAACAUAUUAAUAAAUAACAAUGACUUAUUGAAGACUAAUGAAGAUCCAUAUGUGUGUGAACACUGUACUUUAUGUCUUUAAUAAGAGAAAUAAGAAACAAAGUAAAAUAAUAGCAGCUGCUAAAAUUACUAUGCAAUAAAGUUUUCUAUUAGCUCUUUGAUAGGAA